AACACAAAAACCCCGCGAAAUCAAAUCCUGUAAGUCCCAAAGAGCAGGGAGGGUCGGCCAUGGCAGAUCUGAGCGAAGAGGAACUGCAGGCACUGUACUGUUGGAUAGACGAGAUCCCUCUCUCUCGAGCCAAGAAAAACAUCGCAAGAGAUUUCAGUGACGGAGUGCUGACUGCGGAGAUAGUGCACCACUUCCUGCCCCAUUUGGUGGAGCUACACAAUUACUCCCCGGCAAACUCUUCAACACACAAGAUAGAAAACUGGCGGACACUAAACAGGAAAGUAUUUUCAAGACUGAAUUUCUCCAUUCCCGAUGACAUUAUUCAGAGUGUGUCUGCGAACAAGCAAGGAGCGAUUGAGUUUAUCCUCACCACACUGCACACAAAAAUUGAGAGGUAUCUCCAGAACCAGGCAAAGAGUUGGUGAAGAUCACCAUUUCGACGCCGGUUAUCCCUACGACCCUAAUGAGCUCACCACAUCUGAAAUACCUACUGCCUACGGACAGUUUAACCCCCUUCCUCCUACAAACCCCCAGCAUCUUCACAGAAUGGCAACUAUCAAUGAAACCACUACCUACGAACCUUCUCGAAUAAACGAGAUGCAUUUACCCCAACCCCAUUUAGAGCUCCCUCACCCCCAGCCCCACCUACCUUUCCCGAGAGCUCCACCCAUCAAAUUAAAACCGCAAAACCCAGCAGCUCCACCUCCAUUUCAAUCAAGACUUCGUCUGCCUGCAAACUAUCCCCGACCUGCGCAACCGCACAACACUUCCACACUUCCUCCCAUUCAUCUGCACACUGGCACUGUCAUAGAGGGUGGCGUAGGAGGUAUCAGAGACACUGGAGGACAGGCACAAGUAGCUCAGACUCUAACAAAACUGCCCAACAUCAUCCACGGAAGAAGCAAGACUUAUGCUGGGAGAACUAACAACAGGCUUGGGCCGCAGUCGACCAAUGUACCAAGUGUUGCUCUGGCAGGAGGAAAGAGGGACGACAGUGCCAAGCAACAGAUCAGACUGGCAGAGAAAGAGCAGAAGCUCUUCGAGACUCAAGAAUACAUCCAAUUGUUACAAAUGAAGGUGACGAGGCUAGAGCAUCUCGUACAUAUCAAAGACAUGAAGAUCCAAGAACUCCACAGACAAUUAGCCGCAGCCCAUUCGCGACAUCCACUGCUGCACAGACAUUAG